AUGUGGACAAUGGACAAUGGCCACCGGACACUGGACACUGGACACUUGGAUGUGCAGGAGGAUCUGCUGCAGGAUUCGGACUGCUGCGGCAAUGGUUGCACCAACUGCAUCCUGGACCACCGGCCACGGCCCAGCAAGCGCGUCCUGCUGGCCGGCAAACGCAACGUGAUCCUGGGCUACACGAAGUUCCGCCUGUUGCGCCGGGAAUCCAAAUCCGAUGGCCAGGUGCUCCUCCUGCACUUUGGCCACGCCGCCUCCGAGGAGAAGGAGGAGGAGGAGACGGAGACGGACGCCGUGCUAGACAUCCCACCCGGCCAUCAUGUGAUGCUGCGCGUCGGCUCCCUGCUGCGUCCCUAUUCGCCCUACUGGAGCGACUUCCUGGCCAGGGAGUUCCGCAUCCUGGUGAAGCUGCAGCCGGAUGGCGCCAUGUCCCGUCACCUCUCCGCCGUGCGGCCCAACGAUCUGCUCGAGUUCCGCGGACCCAUCGGCCAGUACGCGCAUGAUCCGCUGGAGGCCAAGUGCCUGUUUAUUCUCGCCCAGGGCGUGGCCAUUGCGCCCACCAUGCCGCUGGUUCGCCAGGUGCUGGAGAACGAGGAGGACAUGAGCCGGGUGUGGCACCUGGUCUGCGCCCGCGACCUGCAGCACGUCCACUUCCGCGAGGAGCUGCUCGAGUUUGCCCAGUUCUGGAACUACCGCAGCUGCCUCUACCUGCCGCAUCAGCAGUGCGAGGCGGAGGCUUGCCAGGAUCAGGAUCAGGAUCAGGUUGGGUGCCUCCACUUCCGCCGCAGCCUGCGCUACAAGGAGGCGGCCCGGGUGGCCCGCCUGGAUGCCUCCGAGCUUGCCAGCCACCUGAAUCCCUCCAUUCCCGGCCAGCGCGUCCUCAUCGUCGCCGGAGACGCCAGCUUCCAGAGGACCAUGGCCCAAUUGGCCAGCCAUUCCCUGGCCGUGGAUCCGGCCAGCGUUUAUUUGCUGUAAAUGUAAGUGUCUCGCGUUAUUUUAAAUAUUCACAAAAUUAAUUUCAGCAUGUUUUUGGUUCAUUUUA